UGACGUCACCGGCCACCCAGCCGGCGCCAUUUUGAAAGUGGAGUCGCCUGCCCCUGCCGCCGCGGCCGCCGUCGCUGUCGUAGCCGCCGCCGCCGCCGCUGCCGCCGCUGGUGAUCCCGCCGCCGCUGCCGCUGUCGCCGCGGAAGAAGGAGCAGGAGCGGGGACGCCCGGAGUGAAAGCCACCAUCCUGCCGGCCGCUCCGCCCGGCCGGCUUCCCUUCCGCCCCGGUCCCCGUCCCUUCCCCCCUCAGGUGCCAUCCGCCGCCAUCCGCGCCCGCGACCCCCCCAUCCCCAGGUGAGGGGGCUGAGCCCCGGUCGCGGAGACCCCGAGGAGCCCGGCAGGGUCAUCAUUUGCUGCGCGACAUGGCAGGAGCUGGAGGAGGGAAUGAUAUUCAGUGGUGUUUUUCUCAGGUGAAAGGAGCAGUAGAUGAUGAUGUAGCAGAAGCAGAUAUAAUUUCUACAGUAGAAUUUAACCAUUCUGGAGAAUUGCUAGCAACAGGGGACAAAGGUGGGAGAGUUGUCAUCUUUCAGCAGGAGCAGGAGAACAAAAUCCAGUCUCAUAGCAGAGGAGAAUAUAAUGUUUACAGCACCUUCCAGAGCCAUGAACCAGAAUUUGACUACUUGAAAAGUUUAGAAAUAGAAGAGAAGAUCAACAAAAUUAGGUGGUUACCCCAGAAAAAUGCUGCUCAGUUUUUAUUGUCUACCAAUGAUAAAACAAUAAAAUUAUGGAAAAUCAGUGAAAGGGACAAAAGACCAGAAGGGUAUAACUUGAAAGAGGAAGAUGGAAGGUACAGAGACCCCACUACAGUCACUACACUACGAGUGCCAGUCUUCAGGCCCAUGGAUCUCAUGGUGGAGGCCAGUCCCCGAAGAAUAUUUGCCAAUGCCCAUACAUACCACAUCAACUCAAUUUCCAUCAAUAGUGACUAUGAAACGUAUUUAUCAGCUGAUGAUUUGCGGAUUAAUCUUUGGCAUCUGGAGAUUACAGACAGAAGUUUUAAUAUUGUGGAUAUCAAGCCUGCCAAUAUGGAAGAGCUCACAGAGGUGAUCACAGCAGCAGAAUUCCAUCCCAACAGCUGUAACACAUUUGUAUACAGCAGCAGUAAAGGAACUAUUCGGCUCUGUGACAUGAGAGCAUCUGCCCUCUGUGACAGGCAUUCUAAACUGUUUGAAGAGCCCGAAGAUCCCAGUAACAGGUCUUUUUUUUCUGAAAUCAUCUCCUCUAUUUCUGAUGUAAAAUUCAGCCAUAGUGGUCGCUAUAUGAUGACUAGAGACUAUUUGUCAGUCAAAAUUUGGGACUUGAAUAUGGAAAACAGGCCUGUGGAAACAUACCAGGUACACGAAUACCUCAGAAGUAAGCUGUGCUCGCUGUAUGAAAACGACUGCAUAUUCGACAAAUUUGAAUGUUGUUGGAAUGGAUCCGACAGUGUGGUCAUGACUGGAUCCUACAAUAAUUUCUUCAGAAUGUUCGACAGGAACACGAAGCGAGAUAUAACCCUAGAAGCAUCACGAGAAAACAAUAAGCCUCGCACGGUUUUGAAGCCACGCAAGGUCUGUGCAAGCGGCAAGCGAAAGAAAGAUGAAAUAAGUGUUGACAGCCUUGACUUCAACAAGAAGAUCCUUCACACAGCCUGGCACCCCAAGGAGAAUAUCAUUGCUGUAGCUACCACAAACAAUCUGUAUAUAUUUCAAGACAAAGGGAAUUAGGGUCAGCAUUCCUAGCAGAAGAGCCCACUUCCUGCUUAGUUGAGAUAGUUGAAUCUAGCAUUCAUACCUAUACAAGAGAGAGGUCCAUUGUGACACCCCUCUCCAGUGUUUGACAGUGUGCCAUUCGACAACACAUUGUGUAGCUCAUGGAGAAAGCUGUGGACCCAUCCCUGUGUGUUCUCCAUGUCUCUAGCCAUUUAGGUAAGGGUAGGGCACUUUUAAUUUAAAUGACUUCUUGCACCAUCUUGCCUAAUGGACUAGAUUGGACUGUGUCAGCAUUGAUUUACUCCACUUUUUAUGCCUUCCAUUGUGAUGACGUCAAACACAGUGAAAGCCUUCAGUCAUGCUAUGGGAUUUAAUUGUGUAUCCUCAUUACUGUAUCAUUGUGGGGUACACCCCUCCCCUCUUUUUUAAAUUAAAUACAGCUCAUUCUUACUGUGGCUUGUAGCAGUCCUCCUCUGGCCUCCUGGACUCUUCCCCUCCAUCUCCUACCCUUGCCCUUUCCACCUGGUCUUGGUGGCGGCAUAUUCAAAAAAAGAAGGAAGAAGGAAAGCACACGAAAUGAGUGGGUCUGGGGUCAGUGGUAAGGGGGGCGUUGCGAACAAAUGUUUCAGUAACAGCUGUAAUCACUCCUUGCCGUGCCUGGCACUGAAAGUACGGAAAGAAAAACUACUACUGAAUAAAAGUGACAAAGAACGGAGAA